UCUCAUGAAACUCAGUCAUGAGACUGUGACCAUUGAGCUGAAGAAUGGGACGCAGGUGCAUGGAACUAUCACAGGAGUGGAUGUCAGUAUGAAUACGCAUCUCAAAGCGGUGAAAAUGACGCUGAAGAACAGAGAGCCUGUACAGCUGGAGACCCUGAGUAUUCGAGGGAAUAACAUUCGCUACUUCAUUCUGCCAGACAGUUUGCCUCUGGAUACCUUGCUAGUGGAUGUUGAACCAAAAGUCAAAUCCAAGAAAAGAGAAGCAGUUGCUGGAAGAGGCCGUGGCCGAGGCCGUGGGAGAGGCAGGGGCCGUGGAAGAGGAAGAGGUGGUCCCAGACGAUAACUCCUCACUGCAACUGUUACCAAAUUCUGAGCAAUUUUGGAUAGUUUUUGUACAGGUCUUGUUUACGGUGUCCAUUUUUAAUAAAAAGAAACGUCACAAAGUUGUCUUUCUUUUGUUAGUUAAGCCUGCAGAGAGAGUAUUUCUAGAGGCUGUGGCAGACUAAGCGUGUCUUGUUGGUGUUGCUUAUCCCUGUCGAGAUCCUACCCGCCCCCAAGUGCUGUAAAACUCUCUCUUGUUCUUUGCUUCAAGCUGAUGCUUGUGUUGUUGGUGUACUGUAAUAAUGUUUGUUUGAAAUGAAUCCCUAUUUUAUAAAGCAACUGUCAUCUUCUAAUUACAUAAUUAAGACACUAUAUUAAGAACCAAUGUCCUGUGAAUGUCUAAUGUUUUUCAGAGUGACCUCUUUAAAGUUCAUAGACAGAAUUUUACUGUUUUCUAUUAGGUGAAGUUCAAAAAAUUUCUGUGUUACUUUCUUUAUAGAACAUUCACAUAGGGAAAUUAAUCAGUUCUAUCGAA